UUUUCUCCAUCGGUUUCCUCCCUUGAUUAUCAGCAACCCCUGCCGGAUCACGGUCCGACGUUCUUUUCCUCGCUUUCUGUUCGCUUCCGCGAUUGCAUUGAUGGAUGCAAACGCCUCGGCAGCAGUCUGGAUUACGGAAUUUGGCAUUGUCCCUGCUAGAUCUGCUUUCGUGUUGCGAUCUUAAUAUUUUGCAGAUUUGUGGUCCUGUGGGUUUAACAUUUGCAAUUCAUUCAUGGAGCAAGCUCAUUCUUGGUGGACUUUCUCCCUUUGCCAAGUCUUCUUAUUCCAGGAAGCUCUUGGUUGGCGGAUUGUUGCUGUUGGAAAUCUCCUCUGUGUUUCUUUUGUCAAUUAUACUUAGAGGAAAGCCACUGUUCCAUCUCCACAAAGAACCUCACGAAUUCCCAGAUUCAACCUGCUUAAGCAUUCCACAUGCUUUUGAUAUGCCAAAAUAAGUUAUUAACAGUUGAUUGCAACUUUGUUUAAAGUUCAAGGAGGUCAAGAGAUUUAGUUAAUUGAUUGCUGGAAGGUAACUUCUGUGCAUGGCCAUUAAGAUGACACAGCAUCAAGCUUAAUCACAUUUCAAAUCAUAGUGGAUCUUUCCUGAAGUUUAUCAAAGUUUGAUAACAUACAAAAAAGAUUCUAUUGUUGAAACAUUAGUCUUUUUUUUUGGGUUCCAUUGUGUUGUUGGAGAUUAUACAGAGAUUCAGCUGCUGAAAACAAUGGAAAGGUACAAGCUCAUUAAGGAAGUUGGGGAUGGAACUUUUGGAAGUGUUUGGCGUGCACUUAAUAAGCUGACUGGAGAAGUUGUUGCAAUUAAGAAAAUGAAGAGGAAGUACUACUCAUGGGAGGAGUGUAUGAAUCUUCGAGAAGUUAAAUCUUUACGGCGCAUGAACCAUCCAAAUAUUGUCAAGCUGAAGGAGGUUAUAAGAGAAAAUGAUAUUUUAUACUUUGUGUUUGAAUACAUGGAAUUCAACCUUUAUCAGAUUAUGAAAGACAGAGGCAAGGGUUUCUCAGAGGCAGAAAUUCGUAAUUGGUGUUUUCAGAUAUUUCAAGCUCUUUCUUACAUGCAUCAGCGUGGCUAUUUUCACCGGGAUCUUAAGCCAGAAAACUUAUUGGUCACAAAGGACAUCAUAAAGAUAGCAGAUUUUGGUCUUGCUCGGGAAAUUUGUUCAUGCCCACCAUACACUGAAUAUGUUUCUACUCGCUGGUACCGAGCACCUGAAGUUUUGUUGCAGUCAUCUAGUUAUAAUGCUGCAGUUGAUAUGUGGGCAAUGGGUGCUAUCAUGGCUGAACUAUUUACUCUAAGGCCACUUUUUCCUGGUGCAAGUGAAGUAGAUGAGAUUUACAAGAUCUGCAGUGUGAUUGGUAGUCCAAAUGAGAAUUCUUGGGUUGAAGGGUUGCAACUAGCAGAUGUGAUGAAAUAUCAGUUCCCUCUGUGUUCUGGUGUCCAUCUAGCGACACUAAUUCCAUCAGCCAGUGAAGAUGCAGUCAACCUAAUUUCAGGACUUUGUUCAUGGGAUCCCUGCCGAAGACCAAAACCUGCAGAGGCUCUUCAGCAUCCUUUCUUCCAAUCUUGCUUUCAUGUUCGUCCACCUCCUUAUUCAAGGGAGGGAAGAUUAUCAUACACACCUCCUGUUGGCGUUAAAGGAGCCAUUGAGCUGCAUAGUAGUAGAAGAAAUUCAGCUGGAUCUCUUUCUGUUACAAGAUCAGUGAAUAAUCUUAUGCAAACAAAGGCGGAUUCUCCUCUGAGAGCUGGUGUGCAAAGGAAACUGGAGAUGGAUAAACAGGAGCUUGAGAAAAGUGAAAGAUGUCUGAAGAACAACCUGAAGCAAUCUCGCUACAGACCACCUGCAAGAAUCGUUCCUGCAUACUCGGGGCGAAGCAAUCGCAAGGAGGCAGAUGCACGAGACAAGACAACAUGUGCUGAAACAACUGACAAAUUGGCGCAGAUGUCGGUGAGCUCAGGCACACAGCAGAAGACCACAAAACUUCCACCACCACCACCUCCGAUGAAAGCCGGUCGCUGGCAUGGCCGAACGGAUUAUCUUGCUCGAUCACACGAGAUUCCUUCUGGCCGAAGUUAUUCCAGAAAAGUUAUGGGUUGAAAUUCCCGCUCCACAGGUGCUUGGUGGCAACGUGGUUGAUCACUUGCAUGCUUCUGUUGUUUUAUGUUUCCGUUAAACUAUAUAUCUUGAUACACUACUAAUUAAUCUGUAUUACUUGCUUGACAAGUUUGGAUAGUGUUAAUUGCAAAAAUCAUAAGAUAUCAAAGGAUCUACUUCAUCUUA